AGCAGAAGAAAGACCAAAAACAUGUCAAACAAGAGAAAGAGAGUCUCAGGCACAAAGAAGACGUUAGCCAGUGCUUCCAGCAACGACUCCAGCGAUGUGUUGGUUCCAGCAAACCCCAACAAGAGAGUUACUCGCUCCUCCUCCAAGCGACCUCUGAAAAACGCCAAAGAAACAAACGAUAAAGCUGCUGAAGACAAUAAAGAUAAAAGAGACAAGCGAGCAAAGGAAGGAAAAGAAGAAAAAGAGAAAAACAACAAUAAGAAUUUCAAUAAACAGACGAAAGACAUACUAACUCAAAAUGGCAUUAUUGUGCCUGAUCAAAUAUUUAAUUUUAUCAAUUUCAAUUCAAAAUUGACCAACAGUGAAAAACCCAUCAAUUUCGACUCAAUUAACAACACAAUUAACAAAAAUAUUGCUCAGAGUAUAAAUUCAAAAACCUCUAAAAAUCAAAAGAAAAAUAUCUUUAAUCAAAAUACUAUAAAUGAUUUGCUCAAUGAUUUGAAAAAUUCAAGUUUAGAAAAAAAUUUUAAUGAUUAUAAAACCAAAACUGACUUGAAAUUGACUUUAUCAAAUAAACUAAUUAACUCUUUGAUAACUAAAUUCAAUUCUAUUAAUGACAAUGAUAAUAAUAGUAACGGCAAUAAGAAAACCGAUACAAAUGACGAUCAAAAAGAGAUUGACAGAUUAAAUCAAAUUAUUGGUCAAAAAAAUAAGAAAAUCGAUCAAUUAUCAGCUCAAAAUCAAAAUUUGCAAAAUAAAAUUGAUGAAUUAGAAACUAAAUUAAAUAAUCAAACUAACCAAACCAAUAAAAAAGAUAUCAAAGAUAUUAAUGAUAUUAAAGAAAUUAAAGAAAUUAAAGAAAUUAAAGAAAUUAAAGAAAUUAAAGAUAAUGAUGAAAUUGAAAAUUUGAAAAUUCAACUCGAUAAAAAUGAAAUGAUCUUAGAUAUAAUUGAAGUUAUGUGCUUAAUUCGAAUCGAUGAUAUAAAUAUCGAUGAACAAAACAAUUAUUUAAUCUUUAAUUGCACUCAAUCCUCAAUCAAUGAUUCAUCUUAUUUACCUUAUCAAUUAUUAAUUCCCAGAGAUCAAAAUAAUCAAAAUAAUACUGACGAUAACGAUGAGAACGAUAACGAAAUAGAUAUAGAAAUCAUGUAUAUUCCUCUACUAGAUAAUAUGAAAGAUUCGAAUAACCUAAAUUUAUUAAAAUCAAAAUUACCAAAUUAUUUUUUUGAAAAUUUGAAAUUUCCUCACAAGACUUUAAUUCAAUUUUAUACAAAAUUAAAUAAAGAUUUAAAUAAAGAUUUAAAUGAAUAAUUUA